AAACGCUCGUUCGUUAUCACUAUUAGUUCGAAAUGAUGAAGUACAACGGGCUGCUGCUGCUGAUUUUAUGCGCCAUAAGGUCAUCUGUAGCGAAUGUAGAUGACCCGACACUUGUCACUUUACCAGAGGGCCAAAUAAGAGGUCAAGCCUUGCAGUCUCCAAACGACAAAGUUUAUUACGCAUUUCAAACCGUACCGUACGCAGCUCCACCUAUAGGCAAAUUAAGAUUUCAAGUACCUGUAGCGCCAGCAAAAUGGGAUGGAAUAUUAAACACCACGAAAAAUGAAAAAAUUUGUUACCAAAAUGGAGACAUGUACAUUUCGGUUUCCGGAUUAAUUCCAACGGAAGACUGUUUGUAUUUGAGUGUUUACACUCCUCUGAAACCUGGAGAUACUUCACAAACCCCAUUACCGGUGUUAAUAUGGAUACACGGAGGUGGAUUUAAAAAUGGAGUUGGUGCUUUUCAAGUAUACAAACCUGGAUUUUUUAUUGACCAUAAUAUUGUUAUUGUCUCAAUAAACUACCGUGUAGGAGUUCUAGGAUUUCUAACAACAGAAGACGGAGUCAUCCCAGGAAACUUAGGAUUAAAGGAUCAACAUUUUGCUUUUCAGUGGGUUAAAAAUAAUAUCGAUCUAUUUGGUGGGGACCCCGAAAAAAUAACGAUAUCUGGACAGAGUGCUGGAGGGUCAUCUGUGGGAUUACAAUUAGUAAGUCAACGGAAUAAAGGUUUAUUCAGAGGUGCCAUUUUACAAAGUGGUACCUCAUUGGGUCAGGGCGCACAUNACAAUCAGGCCCCGGGGGAAAAAUGA